AUGGCUGCUCCUCAGAAGCCCGAAACUUUCAUGCUGAGCACCGAGGCUCAACAAGCGCUCCCUCAUGAUGCCCAAGUCGCUCUUCAACAAGUGGACAAUCUGAAAUAUUUCCUUCUCUCGGCGCCUGUAGAUUGGCAACCCGAUCAAUAUAUCCGCCGCUUCUUGCUCCCCACCGGCGAGUACGUCUCUUGUGUUCUCUGGAACAAUCUUUUCCACAUCUCCGGCACCGAUAUUGUGCGAUGCCUGUCCUUCAGGUUCCAAGCUUUCGGACGACCGGUAAAGAACCCCAAGAAGUUCGAAGAGGGUAUCUUUUCCGAUCUCAGAAACCUAAAGUCGGGCACCGAUGCCUCCCUCGAGGAACCGAAGAGCCCUUUUCUCGACUUCCUUUACAAGAACAACUGCAUCCGAACGCAGAAGAAGCAGAAGGUCUUUUAUUGGUACAGCGUCCCUCAUGAUCGCCUCUUCCUUGACGCUUUGGAGCGUGACUUGAAGCGUGAGAAGAUGGGACAAGAAGCCACCACGGUUGCUGUUAGCGAGCCGGCGCUGUCGUUCCAGUACGAUUCGUCUCAGUCGCUCUACGAGCAGCUGACCAAAGCCCAACAAGCCAAUUCUUCUUCCUUCAACGCGCAGCAGGUAAAUUUUUCCCAAGCGCAGGCAACCUCCCCGGUAAUGAGGGCCAUGGACUCGAUGCCCCCUCCCCAGAUGAUACCCCAGCCCGUUGCCCCUUUAGUGGAUGGGAUGGACGCCAUGGCAGCUUACGGAACGAUGGCCAUGGGUCCAGUGAUGAAUCAGCAGGUGAUCAAAAGGGAGCCUGAUAUGAACCGGGUGCAGUACAAUCAGAAUGGCGUCCCCGUUGCGCAAGCCCACCAGCGACAUGCUUCUAUGCCCGCAUACGGCCUGGAAUACUCGCCCGCGCCAUCCUUUGUAUCCUCCCAUUAUGAGGAUUACAGCAACCGGGGUAUUUCUUUCGAGCCCAUGACCCCACCUCAACAAGCGCUGGCUAUCAGUGCUGAGCCCGCCUAUAUUGCCAACGAAGAAACCGGGCUCUAUACCGCCAUCCCGGAUCACCUGGCAGGUGUAAAUGGCCUUGGCGGCAUGAUUCAACUUCCGCCCUCGAAUCUGGCUGGCAGCCAGUUCCCCCGUGCAUACGGAACCAACAACGUCUAUUCUGUCAUCGAAGGCUCGCCAACAUACAAGCAGAGGAGAAGGCGCUCUUCAAUCCCCCCUUCCAUGUCAGCUAUGGCUGCCGCCACGGGCAUGCCGACGGCUGUUGCGCCGCCUAACCACCGACCCUCCGAUCUUCGAAGGUCAGUCUCAGCGUCUGUCGGUCCGGUUCCCGAGGGCGAGGAGUCCGCGGAUAACUCUCCCCCCGGCUUGACCUACAGCACCAUGUCAAUCAGCAGCCAGCAGCACAAUCUCGAGCUCUCGCGUCACGGAACGCCUCUUUCCACCGUUGAGGGAAGCCCGGCUCUCAACCCCAUGUCUCUUCAGCAAGACUUUAGCCAACUGGCGGGCGAGGAGCUUCCAGGUGACGUCAGUGUGAAGGCAAUGCAUGCCCAUGCCGCCCCCAGCGGUGUUGUUCGUCGCGCCCGGUCCGCCACGGUGAUGGAACUGGGCCCUUAUCCCCAGAAGUCGCAUUCCUGCCCAAUUCCCACGUGCGGACGCCUUUUCAAGCGGCUCGAACAUCUUAAGCGGCACAAGAGGACCCAUGAUCGACCAGAGGGUACCGCCGAGGGAUCUGCGUAUAACCUUUCUGGCGAGGAAGAAGAAGAGUACUCGGGCGAAGACCAAUUGGGCUCUGUCGAGGAGGCUUCUCCCACGUCGGAAAAUGCGUAUGUGCCCGCGUCACUUAAUGCUGUCGCGAACGGAGCGACGUCUGGCUCGAACGGAGUUGCGCCUGCGGCUAGUAUGCCCCCAACUUCUGCAUACAACAGCCUUCAAACGCUCAGUAUGCCGAUGACGAUGAGCACGCCCCAGUCCAUCAAUGCUGGCGGUAUGAUGUGA